GUGGAAGGCCAGAGAUCGCGGCAGUGAUUCGCGGGCCUUAAAGCACGUCUAGCUCGCGCGGUCCACUCCCAUGUAAAGUUUAGACAUGUUCCGUCAUCGGGUACAUUAUUAGCAGGCAUGGCCAUUAAAGCCUUGAGCUUUGGGCUCACAGCUCGUUUUUUGUCUCUGGUCAGGCGAUGCGUGAGAGCCGACGACUUUUGUCGACAUUGACCAACAGAGCGAGAACUUGGAAUCACACGUCUUCAGUCACCGACCGCUAUGGCGCCAACACCCGGGAUCUUGUACGUGACUAUGGCACCGCAGCCGUCUUUGUCGCCAGCACAGUUUCAUGACUGGUACCAGAACGAACAUGGACCGGGCCGUUUGCGGCUGCCUCAGAUCUUUACCAACGGGUUCAGGUACCAGGCCAUAGACGGCACGGACCCGGGAUGGAUGGCCAUCUACGACGUGACGGACAUGGCCUGGCUGACCAAGGAAGUCUACACGAGUUUGCGGCAGGAGCCCAAGCAAACUCAGCGGGAGCGGGACACGAUGAAGCAAAUCAAGGUGAAUCGCAAGUUCUACGACCUGGUGUCCGAAAGGAGGAGCGAGAGGUUUGUCGAGCUUGAGAAGGUCGAGUGCGAGGGAAAGGCGACAUGUGUUUUCGUCGCCGCUCUGGUCAAGCUGCAUGACCAAAGCAAGAGGCCCGACUUUGACAAGUGGAUGGAGGAAGAGCAUAUCCCGCUGCUGUCCAAGGUCCCCGGCUUCCGACGGGCCAGACGCUUCGUCAGCAGCCACGUGGAGCCUCCUGCGGACCCGAACGAGAUCGAGCACCUGGCAUUGUACGAGUAUGACAAGGAGGUUGACUUUACGUGCAAGGAGUUCACGCACGCGACCAGCACGCCAUGGCGCGCGCAGAUCUUCGACAGUGUCGUCAAGGAAAAGGCGAGGAAGGUCUUCAAGUUAUACUACACGUUUGGUCCCGCGCCUCGCGAUCUGCACUCGCUGGCGGACCCAUCCACGGCUCCGUGGUCGUCGGAGUAUCACCAGACGAAGACGUUCCCCAGGCAGCACGGUGGGCCAGCGAUCGAGUCGUACGUGGCGGUUGCCGACGGCACACGACUACGGUAUCGGCUGGAGGGCGCGACAGAUCCGCACGCGCCGUUGAUCGUGCUGGACAACUCCGUGCUGACCGACUACAGCAUCUGGGACGGCUUCGUGCGGGAGUUUCUUUCGCGGCCGGAAAACAUCGCGUACCGGAUCUUGCGGUUUGACAAACGGGGCCGCGACGCACCCGUCGCAGAUACGGCCGUCACCGUGGACGUACUGGCGGACGACGUCGCCGCAAUGCUGGACGCACUGCGCGUCCCACGUGCGGCGGCCGUGGUCGGCGUCAGUCUUGGCGGUGCGACGGCGCUCAAUUUCGCGCUGCGGUACCCUGCGCGCACGGCACAUUUCAUCGCGUGCGACACGAACGCAGUCGCGCCAGCUGCGAACCCAAGCGCGUGGGGUGAGCGAAUUGCCAUGGCAGAGAAGACGGCGGCGGUUUCGGCGGCGGGCCAACCCGUCGUGGGCGACGACCUGGCCGAGGCGACGGUGCGGCGCUGGUUCGUGGCCGCAUCAUUCGAGGAUGCCGGGCGCGCCGCCGACGCCGCCCACGUCAAGCGCAUGGUCGCCGCGAACAACCUGGACGGCUUCAAGAGCACCGUCAAGGCGCUGUACGCGUACGACCUGCGCGAUGCCAUGCGCACUGGCACCGUGCCCGGCGCGUUUGUUGUCGGCGCCGGCGACGGCGUGCUGCCCAAGGGCAUGAGACAGAUGAACGAGGACUACGGCGGCAGCAGCUCAUUCCACGAGAUCCCCAACGCCGGCCACCUGCCGAUGGUAGAGCAGCCGCAGGCGUUUGCGGACGUGGUGACCAAGGUGCUCAGCUCGUGAGAGUCUCUCGAUUCCGUUUGUAAGGAGGAAAGAGGAAGAGGAGAAGGAGAAGACAAAGGAGAAAGAGGCAAAGAGGAGAAGAAAUGAUAAAAGACAAUGUUCUUCCUUCAACCGUGUAGAGCUAAACCGUUACAAAGCGAACAUAAACAUGUACUCGCGUGUAUUCUUCCUCCGCAUUCCGCCAACAUCCUCUCUGAACUGA